AUGGCGCAAUCAGUAUCACUUCCAGUAUGCUCUCUGGAGCCUGCUUUUGAUGCGACUCACUCCUCCCUAUCUCGACCUUCUCUAUCUAUCGACAUGAACAGUCUCCCCGCGCUUUCCCAGCCAUCGCCUCCCUCAAACACACUUUUGAUCACAGACCUUAACGAUCUCAUCCUCUUCCAACCCUCCUCUCUCGAUGAAAUCCGCAACAAGAUCCUCGAAGUGGCCGCUCUCUACUCUUUCUCCCCUCUCCCAUCCUUCCGCAGAAUCGUCUGCUCCUUCUACUCCGACAAAGAUGCCAUCACCGUCCGCAAGAUGCUAGAAGGCAACAACCUGCUCCGCCACACCACCCCCCGGAUCUACUUUGGCGAGCCGACCCCCAUCCUCAGCGAGGAAGAGAUGCAGCGCACAAGACUCCUCUCCGCCCCGCAAAGCGAUAAGCUGUUCUUCAUCUCCCCACCCCCGAGCCCCCCGCACGGAUGGAUGAUGCGCAACGAGGACCCCCCAAACAAAGAAGUACACGCCCACGAUCUCGCCUAUGCGCUGGCCAUGCUUAAGACCGAUCAGCCGGACCCAGAGCCCAUGAGCGUUGACCCGGCUACCCCCGUUUCUAUCUCUUCCGACCAGAGGACGCCCAGCUGGCCGCUUGCGGCAUCGCAGCAGCGCAGUCGCAGCAGCACUAUUAUCUACAAUCCUGAGGAUCAUGGUCAUAGCCCGAACUUGCCGGCUGUCAUGGUUGAGGAUGUUAGCUUGGCGGCUGAUGAGGAUAUCGAUAUGGAUGAUGUUAUGUCGCUGCAGAAGAUGCCGCCUAAGACUUCCCGCCCGCCGGUUGAACUGAUGGGGUAA